UUCGUUUCAAAUUUCGUCUCAUUUCAUCGUUGUGAGAAUCUCUCUCAAGAGCGAUUAUGGGAGAGAUCAACAACGAUGAUGACUGGAGAAACGGCCUCGACAUCUCCGGGCUUAGUCUGAUGGACGAGGACGAUAGCCUCCUCCUCCUCUUCCCCGAUCCCACCUCAGGUACUGAUAAGGAAGGUCUUGAUUGGUUUGGGGAAGAUGAAUUGAGUGAGGUGAUGAAGUAUAACCUGAGGAAGAGUCUUGCUUGGGACAAAGCCUUUUUCACCAAUGCAGGUGUUCUGGAGCCUGAUGAACUGUGUCAUAUGAUUGAAAGCAAUCAUGUGGGUGAGAAGAAAGUUUUGGCGACUAUUCAAGAGGAUGUGAAGAGAUCAACGGAGUCUACAUCCACGUUGAAGAGUGACUGCACUUUGGAGACGAGUAAGGAACUGGGAGAAAGAGAUGAUGAUGAUGCAGUACAUAGCCCAACUCCAAGUACACUAGACGACCGUGACUCUAACGAAAAGGUGAAACCCAAUGGUAUUCGUAAAAGGCCAAGUAUUAGGGCACAAGGACUAGGGAAGGUGACAAAGCAGGCUCUUGCUGCAAAAGAGCACAACACAUCAUCCAUUUCUAGGCCAUCCACUGGACUCAGCAGAAGUGUAAGAGCUUCGGUAGAUGUCAACAAAACCAAACAAGGUGAAUCGUCUGUGGCUCCCAGAGUUGCAAUUUCAAGGAGGAUUCGACCCACUGUAUCGAAACCUGGACCGCCUUCCAAAUCUGCUUUUAGGUCCUCCAAGAAUGAAUUGACAUCUUCCUGCUCUUCACUUGAGAGCUGUAUCAGUGCUUCCUCAAGCGCCUGUAAAAAAUCUCCGCUAGAGUCGGCAAACCAGAAGAAAUCUCAGAGUUCAAGAACAGCUUUCCAUUCUAUGGCGAACGGAUCCACAUCCAGAGCUGCGUCUAGAGUUUCACCCCUCUCAGCUACUAGCACAUUCAAGUCCAGGCUUUCCUCUAAUAAUGCAGCUUUUCUUAGUGCUUCUGUCGACUGGUCUUUUAACUCGCCGAGAGCUCCUACACCUAAUAAAAUGGCUAAAGGUAAGAAGAAAACUUUAUCUGCUGUCCAACAUGACCCUAUGCCGGAUCAACAUGGUUCCAUGACGAAACCAACAGGACUCCGUGUGCCAUCACCAAAACUAGGCUACUUUGAUGGAGGGAGGAGCAGCGUAGCAAGAACACCCACAGGAUCCUGUACUGGUGGCUCAGCAAAACAUGGAGCUCGUAGUCUGAAUGAACCAACAGCUUCUAGUAGGACCAAGUCUCGUCUUGUACAAGAAUCCACAAAUUCUAAAGCAAAGGCCAGGCCUGUUUCAAGGAGUUCCAGGCUGAUUGUGUCAGCUUCUGCGUCUUCACCAAAGGUUACCAGCAAAACCUAUUCAAAGGUCAGUGCAGAGGAACGACUCAACCGCGAUGCGGUGGAAGAUAAUCUAGCACAGUGAUGAAAGCCAAGUCACCUGCAACCUUAUUAUAUUAUCAUCUAAGGCUGGCUAUUAGGUUAAAGACCAGAUCGACAAGUGCAGUGUCAUGUGUAUAGCUUUGAUUUGCACUUUCUGUCUCUGGUUCAUAAACAUAGCUUUAUUAUAAUUAUAUUAUGUUGUUGUUCUCUAAGUAUGUUUUUGAACCGGAAACAACAAAGUUCAGCUUUCAUAAAUGUUGAUCAGAGUUUCAGAUUAGUCUACUGAAAUG